AAGGGGGAAGUCCCAGAUCAGACACUGAGUUCAUACCCAAAGAAGUUUACAUGCUGAAUCGUGGGCCUGCCUCACUCUCUUCUUCAAAUCACGGAUUCUCCCACUGCGUCUUCAUCUCGCCAGAGCGAGGGUUGACAGUGCCGAUGGCUGAUCGUUGCCAUACGGGUCAGUACUGGGAUGCCUUAAUCAGUAGAUGCAUGGACUGUGAUAUAGAAUGCCAGCGACAGCAUGUCAUCCCCAGAUGCACCAGUUACUGUGAGCCGGCGAACUGUAAGGCACAGCCUGGCCACUACUACGACGGGCUGCUGAAGAGAUGCGUGAGAUGCGCUGAAGUUUGCGAUGGACCGCCGGCAGAGUGCACCCAGCACUGCCAGACCUCACCACCUCCAAUAAAAAAGCUCCUGACCACUACAAGGCUGCUGGUGGGAGUUACGUCACACGUGCCGUCCCCCAGAGUGCCGACAGCCCUGGAAGACCCCACUAUUGUCGUGUACACCCUGCUGGCGCUGUGCACAGUGCUGCUGUUUUCUAGCUUGUCUCUUGCCUUGGUUGUCUCUCUGAGGGGAGCCAGAGCCAAGAGCUCCAACCCUGCUAACAAGGAGGAUAAGCGCAACCAGGAGUGCGUGGUCCAGCUGGGCCAGGAGGUCGGCCCGCCAGGUCCCCAGCAAGGACAGAGCGCCGAAGAUUUUGUAACAAAGUCAAGCCUCCCCACUGACCGCGAGCCGUCGAAUGACUCCAGCCCCACUGAGACCUGCGUGUGCGUCCACUGUUUCCCUGAUCUGAAAGCACUAGGCCAGGGCCACGACAGGCCGCCGAAAGCACCUUUGUCAUUCUACCCGCAGGCUGUCCUCCACAGAGCCCAGAUCCAAAAUGGAGAACCUCUCUGGACUGAGGGGAACUUAUACACCUCUGGACCCGAGGUGCAGGACGAGGCAGCGGUGGGAUGAAGCUCACUUGUUGUCCCACUGGGACAACUGGAGUGACCAACUGUGACCCUAACGGAUAGGAGGAGAGUCAGUGUCAGUAUGUUGGACUGUGGAUUCUGUCACCGCAAAUGGUUUUUAAAGUGUUUGGACAGUGAAGCUGAAUACAAUGGUGUUCAAGGGACCUGACAUGUUCCUUUAUGCUACACAUUGUGAUUAAUUUGUGUAAAUGAACAAAUGUUAGGACAGUAUUUUUUUAACCUUCUCAAUACACUGACAUGAAGAGUUGACACAGCUUUGUUGCGUCUUCCUCAAAAUGUACGUUAUUUUUAUUCUGCACCAUAAUCCUGACAAUAUAUUGGCAUGUAUCAAAGUACAAAAAAAUAGAAUAUCAAGGAAAAGUUCAUUUUUUCCUAUAAAUUUAUUCAAAACGGGUCAAGAUUCAUUACACAUACAGUGAAAUAUUUCCAGCCUGUUUUUGUUUUAAUGUUGAUGAUUAGUACAGCUUAUGAGUACAGAUUUUGGAAAUCUGCAUCUCCAGCUGGUUACCUGACCAUGGUACUACUGUGCUUGGUCGGCCAGCCAACUUGCCUGACCUGAACCCCAUGGAGAAUCUAUGGGGUAUUGUCAAAAGGAAGAUAAGAGGCAUCCAUGGAGUCUGCCACAAAUAAACAAACCAAGCUCUGGCUCCAGAGAGGGCCUUUUUUUAGAAGCCACCAUAGAUGUUGGUUGUAGUAUCACUGAAAAUGGGACAAGGACUUGACCUACCCUUAGUUAUUAGGGUACGUGUGUGUCCAAGGGCCUCUUGGGGGUAUUGUUGGGCUUUGAAGGCAGCAGUGUUAGAUUACUGACACACAAAUUGGGCAGCAAAGAAGAGCAAUGGAUGCUUGGCUUGGACUUAAAGUUUAACGUGAAUGCAACACAGAGAAAAGCUGAAAUUACCUGACCAUGGUCGUGCCCGCUUGUCUAAAAAAAAACAAAAAAAAAACCAGACAGAUACAUUUAAACUUUUAACCCUCCAAGUGUUCUCCUGUGGUAUCACUUGUGGCUGCUAUUGCAGAGAUAGCAUUGAUGACAUGGCUACCAGCGGGCAGCCUGCCUACUGUCCGAAGGAAAACCAACAAACUAACAAAAGCCUGAUCUCAGUGCUGUGAAAUAAGGCAGCGUAUAACACCUCAUGGUACUAAUCAGUAGGCAGGUGUGAUGGGCAGGAGGAACAGCACAGUGAAGGCGAGUCUUACAGAGAAUGCAAUCAGUAUGUACUUCAGAAUGAUAACUUAAAGUGAUCAAGUUGUCGAUUGCCAGUUUAAGCAGAUGUGACAAUGCUGAGCUCAUGUUUAUUUGUGUUAUGUCAGAUCAAUAACUGCAAUAUGAUAAAGAUGAAACGUUUCUAUGCCUAGGUCACAUAUAAUGUGACGGCAAACAGAUUGGUUAAGGGUAAGGGUGAUUUGUCGAGAAUGCAAAAGUGAUCAACAUUCUGUCAUAACGUAAUGUUUUCAUAAUAAGCAGAAUACAAGAUAUAGCUUAGGCCAACAAAAAAUGUUACAUAGUAUGACAGAUGUUCUGCUGCUGUACCACCAGACUGUGGAGCAGCUUCGUCCUCAGCAUGCUGAAAAAAAUAGUUUGAACUCUUGGAAUCCAACCUGGUGGCAGGAACCAUGUAGACAUAACUCAUAUGCAGAGUGGGUAUGGUAUUAAGGAAAAUAAAGGACAGACACCAAGUGUUUACAGAUAUAGAAUUUUUCUUUAUUUGAGUGUCUCUCAGUCACCGUGUCCAGUUCUUGCAGCAGUUACAUAUGUGUGCGAGGAAUGACUGACCGGGUCAGGACAAGUUUCUUCUGAUUAUGACCCCGUUUUUUUGUUUUUUGUUUUUUUUUUCGGAUCCAGCAACAGAGAAGAACGACUUGCACAAAAAAAAAAAAAAAUUAUUCAACUUUGAGGUUUCACCAUUUGUCUCUUACAUACAAACUGUACAUGUAUACUUUUACAUACGUCAUCAACAUGUGGAAAAAAAUCCCAUCAAACUGUGAUACCCAGCUCAGACGGCAUGCUGAAUGCAAGUACUGAUUCAGUACACGAAACAUACGCUACAUACGCACGCGCACAACACACGUGCAUACAAACAGGGACACACACACACUUCCUUUUUUUUUUUCGUUUAAAUCCGCAAUAACAUAUUUUACACAAACACACUGAGCUCCCCCACCCCCUCCCAUUUCUCGGGCACAUACACGUGUACGCACAUGUACAAACACGCUGAAUUAGAGCAACAUGCGGCCGACGGUUAACACUGCAGGAUCAAACAGCCGACCCUUUACGUAUGGAAGACCAUUGCUGACGUGCACGAAAAAAAAAAAAAA